GGAACGAACGAAGCUGAGAGCCGAGCAGGAAGGAAAAUUAACGAAUGCAGGAGAGGCUUUGAAUGCUAACAAGCGUUAUAGCUUUAACUACAGUAGUAGCCGCCGUUGUUUAGCCUAAAAGGUGAAGAGUUUUUUUUUUUGUGUGUGUGCCGAAAACAUUAAACGAUGGAGUCGGCGAACUAGUAGUCCAACACGAUUGCAAAAGCCCCCACUACCUGGUAAUCCCGCCGAAUUUGGAGAGCAAGCGAAGGCUAUGCGCCAGCUGCAGAAUUCACCAUCAUCAUCAUCAUCAUCGGAGCCGCUACCUUCAUCUUUUCAGUUGAAGUGAAAUGUAUUGCCUAGUCUGUAUGGGAGACGGAUCUUACACGUACUGACCAUUACCAUGGAGAUAGAGAAUAUAGUCGCCAACACGGUGCUGCUGAAGGCGAGAGAAGGUGGAGGAGGGAAGAGGAAUGGGCGCAGUAAGAAAUGGAAGGAGAUGUUGAAACUUCCCCACAUCAGUCUGUGUGAAGAGCUACGCCACACCAUCGACAGGGACUAUACCAGUCUGUGUGAGAGACAGCCCAUUGGUCGAUUGCUGUUCCGUCAGUACUGUGACACCAGGCCAGAGCUCAAACGCUGCAUCGAGUUCAUGGACUCUGUGGCCCUGUACCAGCUGGCUCCAGAUGAGAAGAGGAAGGAUUGUGGAAUCAGAAUGUUGGAGACAUACUUUAACAACGGGUCGGCAGCCCAUCUGCGAGAUAUACCUCAGGAGUUGGUAGGGGAGUGUCGUGAGAAGCUGGAACAGACGCCCUGCAAGGAACUCUUCAACGACUGCUGCAAUAUUGUUCGGGAGUACCUGAGUGGCGCUCCGUUCUCCUCCUACCAGGAGACGAUGUUCUUCUCUCGCUUCCUGCAGUGGAAGUGGCUGGAGAGGCAACCAGUAACCAAAAAUACCUUCAGGCAUUACAGAGUACUAGGAAAAGGUGGAUUUGGUGAGGUGUGUGCCUGUCAGGUCCGGGCCACUGGUAAGAUGUACGCCUGUAAAAAGCUGGAGAAGAAGAGAGUGAAGAAGAGAAAAGGUGAAGCCAUGGCACUAAACGAAAAACGCAUUUUAGAAAAAGUUAACAGUAGUUUUGUA